AUGGAUGUUCAAUUAUAAAAAAUAUUUGAUUCUAAUUACAAAGGUAAAACACUCUAUAAUCAUUUUUGUGAAUUGUAUUACUAAAUGCAAGAGAAUAAAUAUUAUAAAGCAUAAAGUACAUAAUCUAACAUAAUUUUAGGUUUGUCUGAUUUUGAAGAUUUGAGCAAUUUUAUCAAAGAAAACAGAUUUUAUCAUCUACCACUUAAAACUGCAGAUCAAGUCAAUAAUCUAUAAGAUCAAAUAUUCCCAUGGUAAGAGUAUUGUAAAUAAUAAAUGUAACUUAUGCAAAUAAAAGCCAAAGUAAUUAAUGCUACAGUAUAGAACUUUCUUAAAUUAAAUGCUCUAUUAAAUAAUGUUGGAUAUGGAUUUACUGAUGAAGAUGCUUAUCUUAUCUAAUAAUCACUUAAAUCUAUUGCCAUUAGAGAUUCUAAUAUUAUUAAUAUUAGGUUUUGGGGAAAACUCUUUGCAUAAAAUAGAGAUUAUUAUGUAAUUGAAGUAUAAUUGUCUAAAUCAUAUAAAGAACCUUAACCUAUAGAUUGUGAUGAAAAACUUAAUGAAUAUGUUCAUUAUGUUACACAAGAUUGUAAUAAUUAUAAUAAAGAAAUAUAGUAUUGGAGGAUUGGGCAUUACUACCUUAAGUAACUCGUAAAUAAAUGGAAGCUAGUCGAUUUAUCACAUAUGUAUUCAGUGGAAAUUUAAAUAAAGAAAUUACUUAAUAUCCUAUAUUUAAUGGAAAGGAAAAACAUUUGUUAAAAGCUUAAAUCUUAAGAAUUACUCAUGCUAAUCUAUUAGCACCUAGAGGUUUAUAUAGAUUUGAUGAUGAAACUAAAUUAAUAACAUUUGAAGAUGAAUUCAAAAUGCCAGAAUCAGCAGAACUAUCUACUAUGGAUGGUUGGGUUCAUUUGCCUCCUAAUAUUUUAAAAUAAGGAAGGAUCACAUUUUAUGAAGAUCCUUCUUUAAAAGAAGAAGAACUUAAUUAAAUGAAAGAAGCUGAUCCAGAACUUGAAAGAUUGAAAUCAAUUAAGGAUGACAAACGUAAUCAUAUAAAUAAAUUGUAGCUUUUGAAUAAAAUGAAGGAAAUUGGAAUAUAAAGAUAUUUGGAGAAACACAAUAAUAUACAAAUUAAGAAGAAUAACCUUUAAGUUAUUAAAUAGUAUAAUUAAGAAAUUAUUUAUGGCCAGGUGCAAUUACUGUUAGUAAUGUAUUUAUUAGCAUGAAAUACUAUCAUAGUCAAAUGAUUUCAUUAGCAUUUAUUUUGGAUACGGAAACAAGAAUUAAUAAAAUUCAUUCAAUCCUCUUGCUCCAAAUGAUAUUCAAGAAGAACCUGAAGAUAUAGAUGAAAUACCUGAACCAAAUCCAAGAGAAUAACCUGAUGAAUUAGAACCAGAUAGUGAUGAUGAAAGAAGAAGAGAAUAAGAAAGAAGAGAAGCAGAAUUAUAAUAAUAAUAGGAAUGA